CGUGGGUAUUCCGGAUUCUCAGGGAUUCGUCAGAAUUCCUAGAGAUUCUUAUUGAUCCCUAUGCAUUCUUCCGGGUUCCUAUGUGGCUCAAGCCAUUCUGCCUCAAGCUUUGGCGCAAAAGCUCCCCGCGGCUCGAGGUGGGGGCUCGGUCCGCCCCCGCGCGCGCACCGCGCUUCGCCGCGGGCGCCUCGGGCACGAAUGCGGUCGCUCGUCCCGAGGGCACUCCGGGCGGCAGCCCUGGAGCCCCGCGGCGCCGCCUGGGCCCGCGGGGCUCGCGCCCAGGACGCCGAGAUGGCCGUGGCCGGCCACAGGGAAAGACUCCUGCUACGCUGCGCCCGGCACGGCGCGCCCUCGCCAGACAGCGAGCUGGGGGAGCCAGCCGCCCCCCUGCUGCGGGUGCAAGAGACGAGCGGGGCGGCGAGCAGGAGUAAGGAGGACGAGCAGGAGUACGCGAAGAUGAGGAUCGCGAGUGCGCAGAGCGGGCUGCAGUUGUGCAGCAUUGCCGAGGAGGUCAUCAGGGACGACUGGCUGGUGGAGUGCCACGCCCUGCCCGGGAACAUCUACCGCAUCGCUGCCUUCGGGAGGCACACAAGGAGCCUCGGGCAGUGCUCGCAACGGGGUUUCAAGGCCGCGGUGCGGCUCUUCGGCUUCGCGGCGGUGGUGCUGCUCCAGUGGGUGGCGCCCCCGGCUAUUUUCAUGAGCAUGUGGUUCGGAUGGGGAGUAAGAAGUGAAGACCAUAUUGCGUGGGAUAGGUGGAAAGCUGGUGGCUACGAGCCCACUACAAGCGACUGGAACCGCAUCGCAACUACAAAAUCUCUCGCAGUUAGCCUCGUCUUCCUGUUUUGCAUCAAUGCCUUGUACACGGUUCUGGAUGAGAUGGACACUUGGCGAAAAAACGACAACAUAUUCCGAUAUUUGAAUCGUAUCAACCCAUCGGUUGACCUCAACGGCGAGCGGUGGCUCUACCUCGGGGCAUUCACCAAUCUUUGGGUCAUCUUUUGGUGCGUCCUCGACUCCUACUUCGUAAUCGGCGGCAGCCUCAGCCCCAAGGAAAUCAUCAUGGACUCCUUGGGCCUGCUCUUCCUUUUCAAUCUGGACGACACUUCUGGUGAUGUGCAGUUCGUCAGCGAAGACGCUUGGCCGGGCGAUCGCUUGGGCUGGGUCCAUGACAAGGUUGUGGCUGUAGACUACCAGCCCGCCGCGGGCAUGGUAGAGUGGGAUCACGCGCUUCGCUCAGGAAACUUGGCGCUUGGGGCCUGGCAUUGUGUGAAAUUGUUCGCUGGGACCUGCAUGGCCCGGGCAAUCAAAGCCCUGCAGUACCUGACCGCGGUGUAUUGCGCAGUGAUGGUCGUGGUGUUGCCGGUGCUGGUCGCCGUCACGCCGUUCUUGAAGCUCAUUCCGCAGGCGGAGAUGGACAUCCCGUCGACUUUGGCGACCGCGGCGCCGACGUUUUCGACGACGCCUGCUGAGUGAGGAUGAAAGGAGCGGUGUAGUCUCCAUGUUGGGCGAAACUGCGCCCGAUGCCAGCGAUGGUCCAAGUAGGAAUGAUGGGUUCGAGAAUGGCAGCACUUUUCAAUGAUGCUUAGGCCGCGCAUAGUGUUGAUUGGCGGAUCCCCCCUGUGCGCUGAGGGCUAAGAUUUGUUACAAAGACGCGAUGCUUAUAUGAUGAUUACAAAGCCCUGGAGACGUGAGUUGGGAGUGCGCUGCGCCUGUGCAGACCACUCCCACAAAGAUACCUCACGAUAUUCGACAGGCGUGCCGUGAGACGCGUUUCAAAGGUCCACUCGCGAUUGGUUUUCGCAAGUCUUCCUGGCAAAACAAAUUCUUGACGCUUCGCGUAUCCCCAC